ACAUAUAGUUAAUUGGAUUUGCGAUCGGUUUCGGUCGAUAAAUUGCUCAAUACUUUGUGUUGUAAUAUUUUACGUAAUAGUAUAACGAGAAGCUCCUAAUUGCAACGAGAUAAAAUACGUACGCCCCAAGUUUACGCGUAGUUACUCUAGACACACGAAAAUGUCAACGUAAUUUUUUGAAUUUGUAGUUAAUUUUAAAGAAUGAAAAUAAUAGAAUAAUUAACAUGAAAUAAUGUUGAUAUUACUUCCUAUGACAAUUUCAUCGACAGAAACACCAAGAAAUCGAAUAAAUAGAUGAAAAUGUGUCGGUCAGAAUUUUGAAGGAAUCAACAGAAUGGAGGAUCUGAAACUUAAAUUCCUUGGUCUCAUUAAUAAACAGAAUGUCACCAAGGUUCCUGUCAUGGGUUUACAUUCGGAUCUGCUCGAUCCGCCAGAGUCCCAAAAAUUGGAAGACAUACAUUCAGAAGCUGACCAAUCGACAGAAAGCGAACCCAUCCCUGAUCAAGACAUCUUAGAAUCCAUCGAGGACAUUUAUUUUAACACGGAUCAUAGCUUUGAUUCUAGUAGACACGAGCUCGAAAAGUUACCAAAGAUCUUACAGUCUAAAGAGAUCGAAAAGUGUUACAAGAAACUGAAGCAGCAGCAUCAAGUAGUUUCCAAGAAAGUUUUACAACUUAUUUUGCAAAAGCAGAAUGCAUGCAAAAAAGAAUUCGAGAAAAUUUUACUGAUACAAGAGCAACUGCAAGACAUACUAAAAAUAUGUAGAAUGGGAAGAGCAGACUUGAAAUUAGCUGAAAAGCAAUUUACGACGGCCAGCUUAGGAAUAUUAGCGAAUUAUCAAAAACGACAAAUUGUGGAAGAGUUGUUAAAUAAUUUAAACACUAUAAAGACAUUGCAACGUACGGGAGAUCGAUUACAAGAGCUUUUAAGUGAAAAAAAUUAUCCCAGAGCAAUCUCGUUGCUUUUAGAAUGUCAAAGCGCCGCUCAGACAUAUAAACAUUUUCAUUGCAUCGCUGCUUUAAAUGGAAAAUUACAAGAUAUUUUAGAACAAGCAGAGGAAGCAUUGGACGUUACGCUCUCGAACAUGUGCACACAGUUCGAUGUAGCGAUUUAUACAUCGAUACAAGAAGCAUAUUCUUUAUUAGGAAAAACUCAAUCAGCGAUAGACCAACUACACAUGCAUUUCACCGCAGCGAUCCAUAAUACCGCCUUUGCAGCUGUUCAUUCGUACGCGGGUGGAGACACAAAAAGGCAGUACAAACAACUCUGUCAAUCGGUGCCUCGCGAAAGUUGCAUCGCUUGUUUAACCGAAUUAUGUAAAUCGCUCUGGACGAUAUUAAGCUCCUACUACCUGGUAGUAAGUUGGCAUAAUACGCAAGAAAAUAAAGUUAAAUUUGAUCCCGACGUUAAAGAUUUCGAAGGGACUUUUUGCAAGGAAUAUGUAAAACAUAAAUUAGGAAACAGUAUGAUUCGAAUAUGGCACGAUGUUGAAAUGAAAAUAUCGAUAUUUUUAAUGAACACUGAUUUAACUUACAUUAAAUUCGAACAGUUCGUUCAAGUUCUUGGUAUAGUUAACAGAUUAAUGGAAAUCGGAGAAGAAUUGUGUGGUUUUAAAUCGGAGAAUUUACAAGAAUCUAUACGAAAACAAUCGUUAUCAUAUUUUUCUCAUUAUCACGCGUCGAGACUAGACGAACUCAGAAUAUUUUUAGAAAACGAUGGGUGGGAAUUGUGUCCCCUCAAAUCUAACUUUGUAGCGACUCAAUUACAGGAGUUCAAAAGUUUGAAGCCGUCGUUGAAUAUCUGUAAAGUAUGGAAUAGUUUAGAUAACUCGAAUGUUAGCGAGUAUGAUAGUCCUAUAGGAAUAGAAUGGGUUCAAAAAUAUUUAGAAGGAGGCGUGUCUCCAUUUUCCAUAGGUUUAGACGAUACAAUGGACGAAGAUAUUUUGGUAAAAAAUGAGGAUAAUCCACCAGGAUACUAUUCGGAUGAAUCCGACGAUGACAUCCCUGAAGAAUUGAAACACGAUUUCGUCGAUGACUCGGAUCACAUUAAAACAAAUAAAAAGAAAUGCAAAUUGAAACAAUCAGGACCCAUGGUCACGAACACCACCUUAAGUAUAUUGCGUGUGUGUGGAAAAUACCUACAAAUGUCCAGACUUCUGCGUUCUAUCGCGGUUACCGUAAUACAAAGUAUGAUACAAUUUUACGAGCUGUGUUUCUACACUGUGCAUUUAUUCUUUACUUCGGAUCUUCAAAUAAAUAGCGACUCGCUGUACAGUCCAAAAUUAAAAUUAUCAUUGGCAAGAAUUAAAGAGAACUUAAUAAUUUGCGAGAACGAUACAGAGGAUAACAUUAAAUCGAACUCUGACAAAGUUCGACAACCGCAGCUCUCUUCGAUCGUAAAUUUGUCGCAACCAGAAAGACUUCACGGUUUGACUGAACGCAUCGUAGCAGUGGAGUCUUUGAUAUUCUUAGGGCAACAAUAUGAAGGCUUGAAACCGUAUCUAGAACAUCUUAUCGCGACCAGUCCCCAGCGUGGAUUUCUUCAUCAAUUUUAUAUGCAAACAAUAGCGUCGACAACGGAUUUAAGAAAGCCAGUAUAUAUGGCGGUCGCGUCGCAAGCAUUCGAUGUUGCAAACAUUUUAAUUUUAAUGAACAAGGUCAAUUGGGAGGUAACAGAUGUUAUGUCUCAACAUAGCGGUUACAUCGACGCGUUACUUCAAGAAAUAUUCAUCUUAAACGAAAGGCUGAAGAAUAUUGGAAACUGUCUUCCUUUGUCGGAUGAUGUAUAUAACGCUGUCUGGGAAAACGUUGCACAUCUGAUAACCCACACUCUGGUAGAAGGAUUCUCUAGCGCUAAAAAGUGUUCAAACGGAGGUAGAGCAUUGAUGCAACUCGAUUUCACGCAAUUGAAGUCGAAAUUCGAGACGUUAACUUGCUUGAGGCCGAUGCCGCAUAGAGAAUACGUCGAAUUAUAUAUCAAAGCAUAUUACCUUCCAGAAAAUAGUUUGGAGGAAUGGAUAAAAGAACAUAAGGAAUAUUCUGUCAAGCAUUUAAUUGGUUUGAUAUCUUCAGCGUGUCAGAAUAAUAAAAAAACUCGACAAAGAUUAAUAGCGCUUAUAGAAGAACAGCGCCCGAGUAGAUAGCAUCAGGAUAUACAUUACAGUACAUCUCAAGACUAUGUCGAAAUAGGAAUUGCUUGAAACACGAAUUCUUAGAGAUAGCUAACGCAAGAAGAGAAAUGUAUUUUUUCCGUGUAAAUAUUCGGAAAAAUGUUAUACCGCUGAAGUAAGUGGCCCGACUUAAUACCUCUUAUUUUCAUGACAAUUUUCUUUUUUAAUUCAUCUUGUUUAAUCGAUAUGCGUGUCUCGGAUCCAUCACAUGACUUCUAAUAGAUCUGUUGAAAAUUAGUUUGUAAAGGUUAAAGGAAUAUGUGAUAACAUUCGAAAUCUAGUAUUGCUGGGAUAUGCAUCGUUAAAUCUAAGUAACAUCGAAUAAUUAA